GGGAGCAGUGGUUUGUAUUGAUGUCAGAAGACAGUCCCUGUCAGAAGAGCGUGUGUGGAGGCCGACCUGUGUCCAGCCACCCAGCGGACUGUUGGAGGGCAAAGUUUACAGAGCAACCUAAAUAUCCAACUCGCGUAUAUCGUCCACAGAGGACCCGCGCACAGGAGGCAGCUGCGCGGGCCGGUGUGUUGGACACAUGCAGCAUGUAGACAGGGACUGAGAAUAACUGCUUUAUGCCCGUUCCCUCUCUGCCGCGGCCCUCCCGUCCGCUGCGCUGAUCCGAGCCCCCGGUGACCUGCUGUCGGAGCCAUGGGUGGUAGUCUGGGCUGCCACCGCUCCAUCCCCAGGGACCCCACGGACUUCAGCUGCGGCAAGCGCAAGUUCAGCGCCGCGUGUAACUUCGGCCACAUCCUGGUGAACCAGGAGCGACUGAACAUCAACACGGCCACAGAGGAGGAGCUCAUGACUCUACCGGGAGUCAACCGCGCUGUUGCGCAGAACAUUGUAGAGUACCGGGACUGUAUCGGCGGGUUCAAGAAGGUGGAGGACCUGGCUCUGGUGAGCGGGAUCGGGGCCACCAAGCUGGAGGUGAUCAAGCUGGAAAUAUGCGUCUCCAGCAGGACCAGCUCGUCCCAGCAUUCGCCGUCGUCGCUGCGCAAAGAUCUGGAUCACCAGUCCUGCACCGGGAUGAACAUCAACACCGCCACCCCGGCGCAGCUCAUGAGCAUCCGAGGUGUCACGGAGAAGAUAGCCAAGAACAUCGUGACCUACCGGGCGGAACACGGUGCGUUCAGAAGCAUCGAAGACCUGGUGAGGGUCAACCACAUCAACAGCUCCCUGCUGGACAAAAUCCGCUUCCAGGUGUUCGUGGAGCGUUCCAGGGCGCCGUCCACCAACACCAAUGGAGGGCUGACCUGCACCACGAAGUCUCACCCAAGCCCGACUUCAUUCAGUCUCCGGAGCGACGACCUGGACCUCCCGCCCGGAGGACCGACCCAGAUCAUCUCUGUGCGGCCCAACGUGGAGCCCCCAUCCGGCCUGCGGGACGGGAAGCCCGUGGUGCGUCUGGCCACCUGGAGCCUGCAGGGCUGCUCCUGCGAUAAGGCCAACAACCCGGGGGUCAAGGAGGUGGUGUGCAUGACCCUGCUGGAGAAUGACAUCAAGUUACUGGCAGUGCAGGACCUGCUGGAGCGGGAGGCUCUCGAUAAGUUCUGUGUGGAGUUAAACCAAGGGACUCUGGCCAGCGUACGGAAGUGGAAAUGGCCACGAGGGCUGUGGAAAAGUGUCGUGUCUGAAAACCCGACGGGACACUCCAGCAAGGGAGUGAGCUACUCUGGCUUUCUGUGGGACACUUCGUCCGGUAUUGACCUGAAGGAUGCUGCAGUCCUGGAGUCUCCGAUUGUCAAUGGAAACGGAAAUCAUACCUACCCUCGACUCUACCUGGCUCACUUCUCUGUUGGUUCAUACGAGCUGACAGUGGUGAACGUCCACAUGCAGGCCACAGCUGCAUCAGGAGAGUCCAACGGCAAGAACCACAACACAGACGAAGCCAAGUGUCCGCACCUCCCACCCAGCAUCCAGGAAACAAUCAAAGCUGAGAAGGAGUUGCUGGUGCUGGGAGAUUUUGGCUCGCCUGCUCAGAGCUCAGAGCUGGACAUUCUGAGAAAGGAGAAGCUCUGUGCCCUGGUACCAUCCUCCCAGUUCACCAACAUCAGCACCCGCUCACCACAGGGCACCCGCUGUCUGGACAACAUCUGGGUGAGCCGCUCCCUCAAGAAGAUCUAUUCUGGCCACUGCACGGUGGUGCGGGAGGGCUUGACCAACCCCUGGAUCCCAGACAACUGGUCGUGGGGCGGCGUGGCGUCGGAUCACUGCCCCGUGGUGGCUGAGUUUUACGCAGACGUGUCCCCUAAAGAGUUGAGCAGGCCUGGCAUAGCAGUGGUGGACAGAGGAGACAUUAUACCCAAACAUGAGCGGUGACGACAUCCACAGACACAGAAAAAGACAGUUAGUGACAUAAGACUUUGACCAACCCGGAUCCUGCUUCGUCUUGGUUAGCUGUGGAGCAAAGAGUUUCCUGAUGAAUGUGAAGAAGUGCCAAGAUUGCCUUUUUGGUUUCAAUUUAUCAAUGUAUCAUAGUAACUGGUCAUAGAGCCAUAAACUGUUCCGACAAAAUAUAUAUAUAAUGUACUUUAAAAAGAAAUGUGCCAAACAUUUUCUAUAUGUAUAUAAAAAUAAAGAGAAAUUGAAAGAUGUUCCAGCUGUGUCCGACCUCUCAUUAGUCUCAUCAGGAUCCUCUGAAUGACCCGGCUCUCCAACGGCUCUGCUGUGACGCUUAUCCGUUCUGGCAGUUGAGAGGGUGAUAACAUCCCGGCUGUAGAGCUCAUGAAGGCUGAGCUCUACUAAAUUAUGUAAGCCAGCUCUCUGUGUGCACGUGUGUUCGUCCUCUGUGAUGGAAAUGAGCAGAGGGCCGUCAGAGGACAUUGCCUCUGCUCGUUAACCGGCUCCACGGAGAUUAUUUUAAAGGGACAAAAACUCACUCAUUGUUUUUUGUAUCAAUCGCUGAUCACAGAUACGAAUAGAUCCACAUUAUAACACAAGCGAUCUUAUUCUAGGAGAACCUGUCGGAGAACAUAACAAAUGUGUUUUGAUUCAGUAGAGAAUAGAGAUAUCCAUACAUGCUCUGUGUGCAGGUGAAAGACAGCUAAUCAAUGCAUUUGACUGCAUGACAUCUGUUCUUCCCAUUGCUGGAUUACCAAUCAAGCAAAAUUAAGCACAAAUUGGUUUGAGAAUACAUGCCAUUUAAUCCCAAUUUCCUUUCUUUUGGCCACUUGGGAGUAGUGGAAUGAAAGUAGUUUCAUUCUAACUACAGU